AUGUCUUCCGACUCCACGCUUGCAACGGGGUCCCUGCCAGACUCCAUUGAAGAGUUGGAAAAGGAAAGAAAACUUGCCAACCAGGAGGUUACCACCGAGUUGAAAGCUCUUAAAGCGCGGGGCUCCUUCAAUAGCCAAUUCUGGGAUCAAGCCCACCGAGUGCAGAAAUGCAAACUCCGACGUUCGGUGAUCGAGCGCAAGAUUUCCCGCACCAAGUUCCCAGGCGACGAGGAGAAUUACAACAAGUCGCCUGAGGGGAAAUCAAAGCUGCAACAGGUCAACGCACAACGAAGCCUUUGCAAAAUCACCAAGCGACGUGCACAGGCGAAAUCCCCACGCAACAAGGCUCGUUCUGCGAAGCAAGCUGAGUCAUGGUUGACACUUUUCACCACACCGAAGAUGGGCUUGGGCAUCACAGGCACCGGUGCCGGACAAAGAGACUCGAGCGCGCAGUCAAAUUUUAGGGCGCAGCUCAUUGAGAAAUACGGCGCACAGCACGAGACCGAGUCCAAGUGGUUAUGGUGUCCCAUCCUGCACUCAUGGGAGCUGUCAUCAACUAUGAAGGCAUGCCAUAUCUUUCCCUGGCUACAUUCUAAGGCCAAUAUAAGAGCAAUCUUUGGUCGAAGAGCAGGAAAAGACAUUUUUGGACCCUCAAAUGGUCUUUUGAUGCACGAAGUUAUCGAAGAAAACUUCGACAAGGGCAAGCUGGUGAUAGUUCCAGAUGUCGACGAUCUCUCGGGAAAGCUUGGCAUCAUGCGUUGGCUAUUCUCUAAGCCACGCAACUUCAAAGUGCAAGUUCUGGACCGCUCCGAAGCGUUCUUGAUACGCCAAGUCCACCCAAAUCACCCGUUGAAAUACUGUGACUUGGAUAAUCGUGUCUUGAGCUUCCGCACUGACUUCCGCCCGGCCGCACGCUACCUCUACUACCACUAUUGCGUCAGCAUUCUGAAGACAUCCUGGAGCCACAAUAACAAUGGCAAAGCUAGCAAAACGGUGGAGAUCCUGGCCCAGGAGACCGACAAGCCCAUCUGGGCCACACCUGGGAGGUACAUCGCCCGAAACAUGCUCCAGGCUCUGGCCGAAGAAGUUGGCCAUAGUGAGAAUGCGCUGUUGGCCGGCGCCGACUCAUGCCUCCCGGUCAGGGACAUGGACAAGAUGGCCCUGGUCGAGCUGACAGCCGCUCAUGUACAGAGACGGCAGGCGCUCGACUCAGACUUGUUCCAUGAUCCGGCUCAAGUCGAAGGGCAGGACUUAACUCUGGAGGGAUCGUCUUCGGAGAGUACCUUGGGCAGCGAUGACUCCGACGGGGACAGUGAGACGGAGUAG